UGGAAAAUUGUCAUGAUCUAAACUCUAGUAGUGAGUUCCUAUCUGUUGCAGUUGAUGAAGCAGUAUUGAAGGAUUACGUACAAGGAUUUAUCGAUCACCGAGAAGAAGGAGCCUGGAACAGGUUCAGACUUCAAAACUCGAGCUACACAAGGAAAUAAGAACAAAUCGCAAGUACUUCUAAUAAAUCCCUUCCAUCAAUCAACAGAGGCCCAGGAAUCUGAAACCAAAGCCAAACCAAGACUUCCUGAGAAAAGUUCCAAAUUUUUUAAGGCUAAAUCCCCAAUAAAUGAGGAUUAUUUGGAAGAUUCAAGCACAUUUUCAUUCCUAGACCAUAGUUUGACCACUAACCUUCAUGAUACUAAGAAUAAGAUAUCUAAGGAGAGACAAGAUGAUUGCUUCAUGCAAGCCAGACUAAGUAGCCAAGGAGAGUCAUACAAUGAUUUAUGGUUCCCCACGAUGGGAUCUGGCAGAACUUCUACAAACAACUUAAACCCUACAAAGGAAGAAACCAAAAUUCAGAAAUUUCUCCUUUCAACUCCAGUGAAAAACAUUUCUGGACGAAAAGGAGUACUCCAAGCGAAUAGAAAACCUCAAAAUCGAAUAAAACCAAUAGCUAAAAUUCAGCAUCCAAACCAGUCAUUAAGUGCAGUUAGAAAGAGCAUAAAUCACAUUCAAAGUUAUGAAAUGAGCCUCAGCAAAAGCCUGUUGUCUCUAAAGCAGAAGGGACUUAAUCUAUAUGGACAGAAAGAUGUCCAGGAAGACCUAAAAACAUCGGAUCGAAAGUGUUCCAGCAGAAAAGAUGGUCCAAAAUCAAAAGAAAUUAGAGAAAAAUGUAGAAGGAAUUUAGCUAAAAUCUCAUCGAUCAGUACUUCCAGAGACCUUAAAAUCUUCAAAUUUUUAAGAAAUGAGUCAUUCUUACUAAAGAAUCAGAAGAAGGCAAAAACGGCUAAAUCUAGAACAAAUGGCAAGUAUCACAGAAAAGUAAAAGUUCAAAAAUUUCAAGCAUCUUGCUUCCGUCUGAACAGCACUUAUGAUUUGAGGGCGUCUCAUGAAUAAGUCAUUGAGUUAAUGUAGCCUACAACGAAGCGAGGACAUUUUUCAUUUAUUUUAGCUUUGAGCAUAAAUUUCAAUC